GUUACCUUCCGCGUAAAUCAGCGCUGCGAAGCUGUGAGCGUAAUUUUAAUUCGAAUCAAUUUGUUUGUCGCCGCCGCGGCCGCCGCACAGUGGGUCGCCGAGUCUCACAGCAGCCAAAGGACUCGACGCGAGCGUCCUUAUCGUUGCGCCUGUCGUAGUGACGCGCGUGAGUGUGUGUGUGUGUGUGUGUGUGUAUGUGAUGCAACAGUUGCCACCUGCCCCCCACACAAAUGGAUCAACUGCUCAAGCAGCUGGCAGCCGCUGCGCAGGCGCACUCCCAGCCUCCGCUGCACCGCCUGCCCCACUUCGAUGGCGUGCAUCCACAUCCGCAUCCACAGCCACAUCCGCAUCAUCCACCACAUCCGCAUCCGCAUGCCGCCUCCGCUUUGCAGCUGUAUGCGGCCGCAGCCGGCUGGGCGCCAUUUCUGGCCAUGAAUCAGCUGAGCGGCUCCAAUGCUAGCGACUCGAGCUAUCCAGGCUGCCAGGCUGCCACAAGUGGCAGCGCCUCCGUGCACAUGCUGCGCCACAUGGCACUGCUGCAGCGGGCGAAUGCGGCCGCCACGAAGCUGCAGCAGCUCCAGGAGCAGCAGCGGGCGGAGGAGCAGCAGCAGCAGCAGGAGCAGGAACUGGAUGUGGAGGUGACAGCAAUGGAGCCAACCUCACGCAACUUGAUGCAAACGGAGGCCAAUGAGGUCUCCUCCGCCUCCGCCUCCGCCUCGGCCUCGGCCUCUGCCUCCGCCCAGGAUGAUGAGACGGCCAGCGAGAGCAGCGCAGCAGCUGCCGCCAAUCGUCGACGGAGCCGCACGAAUUUCAGCACCUGGCAGCUGGAGGAGCUGGAACGGGCCUUUCUCAGCAGCCACUAUCCGGACGUGUUUAUGCGCGAGGCGCUGGCCAUGCGGCUGGAUCUGAAGGAGGGACGCAUAGCGGUGUGGUUCCAGAACCGGCGCGCCAAGUGGCGCAAGAAGGAGCACACGAAGAAGGGUCCUGGACGGCCGGCGCACAAUGCCCAGCCGCAGAGCUGCAGCGGUGCCCCGAUUCCACUGCAGGAGCUGCGAGCCAAGGAGCGGGCGCAGCGCAGCAAGCGCAUAGCCAAGGCGAUCGAGCGGCAGGCGCGCAAGCUGCGCCUCAAGGGGCUCGAGGUCAACGUGGAGCAGCUGCGCGCCGACUAUCUGGCGGCGCACCAGCUGGAGUCCAGCGACAUGGAGCUGCAGCAGGAGCUGGAGCGAGGGGAGCAGCUGGACGAUGAGCUGGCCAUCGAUGUGGUGGGCGGCGAUAGCUUGGACAAUUGCAACCAAAGAGGCUGCCCGGACGACAGCUGCGACAGCAGCCCUGUGAUAAAACUGGAGCCACUGGAGCCACCGAUACCACUGGAGCCACCGAGUCUGACGGCGCUGCCCGAGCAGCCGCCGCUGCAGAAGCAGCAGAAGCCGCAGUACAACUCAUCCUUCAGCAUCGAGUCGCUGCUGGGCACAUAGCACGCGUCCCAGCCAAACUAAUUGCAGCACAAAACAUUUAUUUUUUAUACAUCAAUUUUUUUUGUUUAGCUCUAGGAAUACCCAGUAGGAGUGCAGAACGAGGGGUGUAUUGAAGUUGUGCAAAUAUAUAUGUAUGUAUACGUUGAGAAGGCUAAAACUAAAA